AUGACUGCGUCACACAAUGGAGUGGUCGUAAAGGCUGUUGCAGCUACAGCAGUUUGCAGUUUGAUUAUUACUGGAUUUUUAUUCUAUUUUUUCUAUAGAUUUUCCUUAGCUCGACGGCGUAAGAAGAAUAAAUUCGAGUCUAGUUUUCGUAGGGAAGAUGCACCAGCAUUGCCUUGCACAGAAUUCAUACAACCAGGUGGAGCUGUCAAAGGAGUUAUAGUAGAUGAAGAUGGAUUAGAUGUUCUGAAUUUAAGAAAAGUAGAAGGGGGAGAUUUUCCGAUCCUUCUUUCUAAGGUUUCGUGUAAUAAUCAUAUGAAUGAAGAAGAUAAGAGAAGAAAAUCUCAGUCAAUUCAAAAAGCUCCAUUGCUUCAUUUACGCAGCCAUGAUUUUGAUUCUGUGAAGGAGAAAUCAGUGUCUGUUGCCACUUGUAAUAGGCCAACCACAUCUGAAUCAUUGGCGGUUGCACAACCACCACACCCUCCACCGCCACCACUCUCCUUCAUGGUUUCAGCGAACCAAAUUACCCCAGCUACUCCUCCACCACCACCACCACCUUCUUCAGUAAAAGCAAAACCUUCAUUACCACCUCGAUCGGUUAGAUCCGAGUCCGGUUCAUUUUCACCCUUGAAGCCACCAAUUCCUCCUAAAGGGGAAAUCAAUAAAUAUAGCAACGUGGAUUCAGACGAAGACUCGAAAGAAUGGGGCGAAAUUCAAAUGAAACUGAAGCCACUACACUGGGAUAAGGUUGUUGCCAAUGCUGAUCAUUCAAUGGUCUGGGAUGAAAUCAAUGAUGGAUCUUUCAGAUUUGAUGAUGAACUCAUGGAAAACCUUUUUGGAUACACUACAACUACACAGAAAUCUACCAAUACCGGAGGAAAUGGCCUAUUCUCAAAUUCGGGUAGUUCUAAAUCUGCUCCACCAGCACAAAUUUUCAUCCUUGAACCCCGAAAAUCCCAAAACAAGGCAAUUAUUCUUAAAUCUCUCACAGUUUCUUGUAAAGAAAUCUUUGAGGCUCUCGUGGAGGGUCGAGAACUCAAUCCUGAUACCCUCGAAAAAUUAACCAAGAUUUCCCCAACAGAAGAUGAAAUAGCCAAAAUCCUUCAAUUCAAUGGGAACCCUGCGAAACUUGCUGAUGCAGAGUCUUUCCUCUACCAGAUAUUGAAAGCCAUUCCCUCAGCCUUUACUCGUUUGAACGCAAUGCUAUUUAGAUCGACAUAUGAUCCAGAGAUUCUUCAUUACAAGAAAUCUCUGCAGACUCUAGAAUUGGGAUGCAAGGAAUUAAGAACUCCCGGAAUUUUCUUUAUACUCCUUGAAGCCAUUCUUAAGGCUGGUAAUCGAAUGAAUGCUGGUACAGCCAGAGGAAAUGCUCAAGGCUUCAACCUCAGUGCCCUACUAAAACUUUCUGAUGUCAAAAGCACAAAUGGAAAGACUACACUCCUUCAAUUUGUAGUCGAGCAAGUGAUCCAUUCUGAGGGUAAACGUUGUUUAAAUAAUCAAAACAACAAAAACAGUGAUACCGAACAAGAUUCAGAUAGCAAGAUUUCUGAAGAAGAAAGAGAUAAAGAGUACUUAAUGCUAGGAUUACCAGUUGUGUUAGGCUUAAGUACUGAAUUAGCCAACGUCAAGAAAUCAGCCACCAUAGAUCAUGACAGUUUCAUCAACAUGUGUUCCAUUCUUACAGCCAAAAUCGAUGACAUCAAACGGCUCAUAACCCGCUGCAAGGAUCACGAACAGGGUCGAUUCUUCGUCGAAAUGAAAGGCUUUCUAGAAGAUUGUGAAGAGGAACUAAAUGUAGUAAAAGAUGAACAAUCAAGGGUAAUGGAACUUGUGAAGAAAACAACAACGUAUUAUCAAGCAGGAGGUAAUUCUAAAGACAAAGGCACAAAUCCACUUCAAUUAUUUGUUAUUGUGAAGAAUUUCUUGAACAUGGUUGAUCAAGUUUGUGUCGAUAUAUCAAAGAAACUGCAGAAGGAAAAACAGACAAGCGCAGGACCUCCACCGCCAUUAUCGCCUUUUUCAAGUUCCCCUGUUAGAUUUCCUAGUUUACAGCCUUAUUUUAGGACACAAAACACAGGAACAUUUUCAAGUUAUUCAGAUGAUGAUUUUUGA